AUGGACCGUUACGAAAUCACCAACACUUCCAUCAUGAUCCAGAUCGUCUCUCACGUCCUGGCCUACAUGAACUCUUGCGUCAACCCGAUCCUCUACGCUUUCUUGUCGGAAAACUUCAGGAAGGCGUUCAGGAAGGUCAUCUACUGCGGUCCAGAAGGAGCGCCACACCUCCAUCACAUCAACGGGAGGAACGAUGCCGAGAAGUCAGCCGUCUCUACCAAGACAACCAGGUCCACCAACAUAAUUUGA